AUGCACAGUGACAAGAAAGACAUUUUAGAAGACUCAAAGGAAGAUGGCAGCAAUAGAAAGAGCAGAACUGAGGAUUUACCAGAUGAUGUAAAAUAUGCAUUGGAAAUGAUACAGCAAAUGGAAGUCUCCAAAAAAGAGAAUUCCAGCAUAGAAGAGUACAAGAACUCUCUUCUCUCCAGUGAGCUUCUAAGUAAGCAGUCUUUUGAAGAUCUUUCCAUUCCAGAGGAUAUCAUAAAAGCCCUUAGAACAAUGGAAUUUAAGAAUCCCAGCACAAUCCAGCAGAGAUCCAUUCCAGAAAUAGCAAAGGGCGGGGAUGUGGCAUUCCAGAGUCACAGUGGAUCCGGAAAGACAAUAGCCUUCCUUGUAGGGGCUUUGUCAGUCAUAGAUAGAUCAGUUAAUACACCACAGGUAAUUAUUAUUACGCCUACAAGAGACCUAAGCAAACAGAUUUCUUCAGUACUUGAGAACUUCAAAAAGACAAUUGACUUUACUAUGCUACAGGCACUACCAGAUGUAGUAGAGAACAUGAAUCUUAGAAGACUAAAGGAACAGAUUCUCAUUGGUGCCCCAGGAACCAUAAAGAGAAUUGUGUCAGAUUUAGAGUCACCUGCAAUAAAAAUGGUUAUUCUUGAUGAGGCAGAUGCCCUUCUGGAGGAUGACAUGGGAGCACAGACUGUCUCUGUUGUAAAGAAGAUCAGGAAUAAGCAGCUGGUUCUGUUUAGUGCCACAUUCAGCACAAAAAUGAAAGAGAUUAUUUCCAUGCUCUCAAAGAACAUAAAGACAUUCUACCUGGAGGAGACAAAGGUAAAACCAGACAACAUCACGCAGUUCUACAUGGAAGUACCUGAGAAGAAUAAGAUAAGCACCCUUCUUAAGCUGUAUGAAAUGAUGGCAAUUGGUCAGUCAAUUGUCUUUGUGCACACAAGGAACAAGGCAGAGACAGUGCAGCAUAACCUGAAGAGAGAUGGAUUUGAUGCAGCACUUCUACACGGCCAGCUCUCAAAGGAAGAAAGAGACAGAGUCAUUGCAGACUUCAAGGAGGGAAAGAUAAAAGCACUUGUGACCACAAAUGUCCUCAGUAGAGGCCUUGAUGUACCACAGCUGAAUCUUGCAGUGAACUACGAUAUCCCAAGGAAACAGUCAGGCAGCGUAGACAUUGAAACCUACAUUCACAGAAUAGGAAGAACAGGAAGGUUCAACAGAGCAGGAGUCUCCAUCACAUUCUCCACAGGGGAGGCAGAUAAAAUGGACUUGCUUUCGAUCCAAAGAUCAAUCAGCUCACAGAUCAAGUACGUUACGCUUGAAGCCCUCUCCACAGCCAUCCAGGAAAACCAGAAGUCAGACCAGGAAGACGAUGAUUAA